AUGGCCCAACUUCUGAAGCGUACGACGGUCGCCCGCAGCGUUGCUGCGUCGGCGCGCAUCUCGACCCCCCGCCUCUUUCAUGUGGCUGCCGCGCGCUAUGCGGCGCGCACCGGUCUCUACGACUUCCACGUGCAGAACGAGGCGAAGAUUGUGCCGUUCGGCGGCUACGACAUGCCGCUGAGCUACGGCAAGGUCGGCCAGGUGGCUUCGCACAAGCAUGUGCGCGAGCACGCGGGCCUCUUUGACGUGGGCCACAUGGUGCAGCACAAGUUUACCGGCCCCACGGCCGCCGCGUUCCUGCAGCGCAUCACGCCCGCGUCGCUGACGUCGAUGGCGCCGUUCAACUCGACGCUCUCGGUGCUGCUUUCCCCCGAGGGCGGUAUCCUGGACGACCUCAUCAUCACCAAGCACGCGGACGACGACUUUUACGUCGUGACAAACGCCGGCUGCCGUGAGGACGACCUCAAGUACAUUGCCGAGCAGCUCGAGGCGUUCGGCAAGGACAACGAGGCGCCGAAGCACGAGGUGCUCGAGAACCAGGGCCUGGUCGCCCUGCAGGGCCCCUCGGCGGCGGGCGUGCUCGCGAAGCUGCUGCCUGCUGACUUUGACCUGAGCAAGCUGGUGUUUGGCCAGAGUGCGUUUGUCUCCCUGUCGCUCCCUGGCGGCGAGACGGUCGAGUGCCACGUCGCGCGCGGCGGCUACACCGGCGAGGACGGCUUUGAGAUCUCGAUUCCCCCUGCGUCGACCGAGGCGGUGGCCAAAGCGCUGCUCGCCGACGCCGAGGUCGAGCUCGCGGGUCUCGCGGCGCGCGACAGCCUGCGUCUCGAGGCGGGCAUGUGCCUGUACGGCCACGACCUCGACCCCAGCGUGUCGCCCGUCGAAGGCGCGCUCGCGUGGACCGUCGCCAAGGACCGCCGCGCGGCCGCCGACUUCCUCGGCGCGGAGCGCGUCCUGCGCGAGCUCAAGGAGGGUCCCCCCCGCCGCCGCAUCGGUCUGCUGGUCGAGGCGGGCGCCCCCGCACGCGAGGGCAGCAAAAUCUAUGCCGAGGACGGCACUACGGAGAUCGGCCAGGUGACGUCGGGCAUCCCCUCCCCGACGCUCGGCAAGAACAUUGCCAUGGCCCUCGUCAAGAACGGCUACCAUAAGCGCGACACGCCGGUCAAGGUGUCCGUGCGCAACAAGCUGCGCGAUGCGACCGUGGCACGCAUGCCGUUUGUCCCCAGCAAGUUCUACCGUGGAUAG